CAGCAAUCUAAUGAAACAUGGUGUGAAGAGUCCAGAUUCCGUCGGCGAAUUAAACACCCUCCUUCUCCCUGUUCCUUUUCCUUCUCGUUCUGGAAAUUGAAGGAAAACAAAGAGGCGACAAAAAGAAGAGCUUGAAUUUCGAAAUGCCCGUUGUCCGUCCUGUAUCCACUCCCUCCAAAUCCUAACCCUAGUCCUCUCCCUGAUCGACCGCAUGAUGCCCGAUGAACGGCCCCCGGGUCCCGAUGUCCACCUCCAUGUCCCCAGCUCCCCUCUCCGGCCCUCUCCCCUCCUCCUUCUCCUCCUCCGCCGCUGCCCGAUCGUCGCCGGCGCCCCUCCAAUCCCAUCUCCCUUCUCCCCUCUCCCUCGGCCUCCUCCCCCUCCCCCCGGUUCCCGGCUCCACGCCCCGCCUCCCGCCAUCCGGCCUCGACCCGGAUGAGAGCGCGCCCAUAGCGAGGGUGAGGCUGGCGGACAUCGCGCCCUACGAGGGGGCGCCCGGCGCGGCCUACGUUAGGGCGGUGGAGGCACUGUCCGGGUCGCUUAUGAGGCACAACGCCGUGGUGAUCGAACUCGGGAGGGAGGAGGCAGUGGUGGUUCGGUGCGCGCUCGAGUCGGUGAGGAUGUUCUUUAAAGCAAGAGCGCAGUGCAGCAGUGGCGGUGGGGGAUUGGUGGGUUGGGGAAAAGUGGGCCGCGAGGUUUACAUCUACCGCGCCGGGAGGUUCAAGUCCCAGGGCCGCUACUUUGUGCAAAAAAAAUUACCAAUCCCAGCUCCUUGCAGCACCCUGGAUUGCCAGGACCAUAACUAGUGGCACUGAGUUAUCACAAUGGACAAUUAGAUGUGUAUGUAUCUGUAUAUAUCCAGUCUUGAAGGUACAAACAAAAGGCAUGGUUGUUCUAGAACUAUUGUAAUUAUGAGUAAAGAGAUUACCUCUGAUGGAUCUUUUGACAAUGGGUCAUUGUUGGUGUAUAUUUCUGUUUUGCAGAUUGCCUUUACCAAAUAUUAUUGGAGUUGUAAAUUGGUGCAUGCACAUCUGGUCUAGGUGCAUGCUUGUUUUGAUGGUCGCUUAACUUCCUGUAACUUUAAAUUUUUGGUCAGGUGUCCCUAUGGGCCUUGAAUAUAUAUUAUCCUACUGUGAAAGGGGCUUUGGAAGAUGGGGAUUUUUCACCCCCAUGCAUGAGUGAUGCUUUCGGAUGCAUGGGAAAGGCAGCUCGUGCUGCACUGUGUGCAAUAGCAAGGCAUCUUCGCCUACGCAGCGAUGUUUUCAACCAUCUGCUUGACGAUACCCCACUACCUGCCAAUGAGGUCUCAUCAUCAGUGUUGGUUGCAGCCUGUUCUCAUGCCUCAUUACAGAAUGGCAAGGGGCAUAUUGGAGGAGGGAAAUCUUCGGCUAAUGAAGUCGAAAAAGGGUUGUUGACCUUAAUUGCUUCUGACAGUCCUGGGAUCCAGGUUUGUGACCCAAAUGGUCAUUGGUACCUAGCAGAUGGGGCGUCAGGUCCUGGUGACCUAUUGUUGGUUACGGGAAGGGCACUUAGUCAUGCUACUGCUGGUCUUCGCCCAGCUGCCUCAUAUAGGACUACUGCUGACUCUUGUUCAGGAAUGAUGAAUGGUGGAAGGGCAUCACUGACAUUUAGACUAAUGCCUCAAAGCAAUGCUAUAUUGGAUUGCUCCCCAAUUGCAGCUGCUGGCCAUGUAAUCCCACAAAGUUACCAACCAAUAUCUGUGAGCCAGUUUAUGGAUGACUUGUCUACUGAAGAAGAUGUUGCGUGCACCCAUCCUGAUAAUACUUAUGUGGCGUGCAAUGAUCACGAUCUCGUUCGGGAACCAUCAUUGAGAAGUGUCCUUUCAGACCCUCUAUCGGGUGCUUUCCUUGAGGAUGCUAUGGUUGUCUCUUGUGGACAUUCAUUUGGUGGCCACAUGUUGAAGAAAGUCAUAGAAAUGGCUAGGUGUACUCUAUGCAAUGCAGAAAUUGAUCCUGGGUCCUUGGUCCCUAACUUUGCUUUGAGAGUUGCAGCUACAGCAGUGAAGAUGGAGGAUGACAGGAGACUGUUCCAUAAUGCUGCAGUCCGAAAACGCAGGAAAGAAGUUGGUGAACAGAUGGAUGCCCUGAAGAGACUAGGCAAGGAAAAUGGUGAGGUGCCAGCUGAUGGUGAUGGCCCUAGACUGCUAAAAGGAGUUCAAUAUCCAUUUGCAGUAAAUGAGAAAGUGUUGAUCAAGGGAAACAGGAGGACUCCUGACAAGUUUGUUGGAAAGGAAGCAGUGAUCACAUCCCAAUGCUUGAAUGGCUGGUAUCUCCUCAAAAUUCUUGACAGUGGAGAAAGUGUACGCCUUCAAUACCGCUCUCUCCAGAAACUCCUGUGCUCUCAAGCUGAUGACAGGGCACAGCCACAGCCGUUGCUUCAGAGUGGCAGUUGACAGAAUUACAUUGAUGCUUUUAUUGCAUCCUCUGCCUGCUCUGGUCAUGGAGUUCCUCUCUUUGGCCGGUUAUUGUACAUUUUUGGUCUGGUCCCUGUGUACCUGCUUUUCUUGUUGAAGAUUUUUCUGCCAGAGAGGAGAAAGAGAAGGGGAAAGAAUGCAGAAAAAUCCCUCAAAUCUUGUGGAAAAUCAAAGGCCAGAUUCACCGAGCUCCUGUAACCAGCAAAUGAUGUUCCAUGCAACUGUCACCUGCUGCUGCGUGCAAUAGAUCUCAAGGACAAAUGAAAGUUAAUACUAAUCGUGAUACACAGAAUCCAGUCAAAUGAAUAGUAAUGUUGAUGUCGAAAAGCAUGUUGGUUCAAAAAGGCGAUUACUUCUAGUUAAAGUAUAAUUUGUUGUUCACAGUUGUUUCGGUUGUCUUGUUGAUGUGCGUUGGUGCUCACUGAAUUCAUCUCUGGGUUUGCAAUGAGGUAUCUCCAAGAUGAUCCAACCAUGCAGCCAAAAUCACUACUAGUCUUAAAAUGAAGUUUGCUACAGUAAUGUUACUGUAUAUUAUCAA